UGCUAACUGAAUUAGCUGAACGCUGAUCAUGCUGACAUAGCCUACAGUUACAUAGUUGACACAUGAUGACAUUAUUAGGCUGCAGUAUAACUGUAACGUUAAAUACGAUGUCAACAUAGGCCUAUUUAUCCUUUCGUAUCACUUUUUCGUCUGUUCGUAUCACUUUGUGGAUUUCUUUUGGGUUACGAAAUCAUUACAAUUACCACGAUGAAGACCCGGUUUAUGUAUAAUGUUCAUCACCAUGUUUAGUAGCCGGUCUGAAAUUGUCCUGUGAAUUGUCAUGAAUAAAUUCGAGACAUUUUCACUACAGAAGAAGGGAAACAGUGCAGCACACCCAGACUCUCCCGCAGUCAUGCCUCAGGGAGAUAUGAAACAACCUCUUCUGAGAUCUUCAAGGCGCCCGCAAGGCCCCCUAUCUGACGUUGGUACUGACGCUCCUCUGGUGGGCAUCCUUGGCACGGGGGAUUUUUCUCGUUCUUUGGCACAGCGGUUGGUGGCAUCUGGCUACCGGGUGGUGAUUGGAAGCCGCACUCCCAAACGCUUCUCUGGGCUUUUCCCUGAAGAAGCGGAGGUGACAACCCAACAGGAGGCUGCCUCACAGGCCGACCUUGUGUUCGUUGGUCUGUUUGUGGAACACUAUUCGACGCUAAGUGAGCUUAAAGAGGCUCUAGCAGGGAAAACAGUGGUGGAUGUUAGCAAUGGGACGAGCAUUAAUCACGACGGGCCCUCCAAUGCGGAGCAGCUCGCAACACUCUUCCCUGACAGUCUGGUGGUGAAGGGCUUCAAUGUCAUCUCCGCCUGGACUUUGCAGACUGGGCCAAGAGACGGCAGUAGACAGGUGCUACUGUGCGGUGACAAUGUGGCGGCCAAGACCUCUGUGGCCCAGCUGUGCCGGGACAUGGGUUUCCUACCUGUGGACCUGGGCCGCCUCAGUUCGGCGCGAGACAUCGAGAACGUCCCCCUGCGCCUCUUCCCCGUGUGGACGACGCCCGUGGUCCUCGCCCUCUCCCUCUUCUUCUUCUUCUACUUCUUCAACUUCCUGCACGACGUCCUCCACCCUUACGUCGUUGAGGGCAAGAACGUCUUCUACAAGCUGCCCAUCGACACCGUCAACGUCACGCUCCCGGCCGUCGCCAUGGUGAUGCUGGCGCUGGUGUACCUGCCGGGGCUGCUGGCGGCGUUCCUCCAGCUGUGGCACGGCACCAAGUACCGGCGCUUCCCCGGCUGGCUGGACCGCUGGCUGCAGGGUCGCAAACAGAUGGGCCUGCUGGCGUUCUUUUGUGCCGCGCUGCACGCCGUCUACAGCCUGUGCAGGCCCAUGCUCAGGUCGUCCCGCUACGCCAUUCUUAACGCCGCAUACAAGCAGGUGAAGAAUGGUCCGCCUGAAGUGUGGGAUGCUGAGCAGGUGUGGAGGGUGGAGCUGUACGUGUCGGCGGGCGUGCUGGCCCUGGGGCUGCUCUCGCUGCUGGCUGUGGCCUCUCUGCCCUCAGUGGGCAACUCCCUCAACUGGAGAGAGUUCACCUUUAUACAGUCACGGUUGGGUUACACCGCCUUGGUGAUGUCCACCCUCCACACGCUGCUGUUCGGCUGGGACCGGGCCUUCACGCCGUCCCGGUACCACUUCUACCUGCCGCCCACCUUCGUGCUGGCGCUGGUGCUGCCGUGCGCGGUGCUGCUGGGCCGCCUGGCGCUGGCCGUGCCCUGCGUGGCGUUCCGCCUGGCCCGCAUCCGGCGCGGGUGGGAGCGGGACCGCGGCAUCCGCUUCCAGCUGCCCGAGGAGGCGGCGAAUGGAGUCGAGCAGCACAUCAGUGACGUCUGAGACCUGCGUGUGUGUGUGUGUGUGUGUGCGUGUGUGUGUGUGCGUGUGUGUGUGUGUGUGUGUGUGUGUGUGUGUGUGUGUGUGUGUGUGUGUGUGUGUGUGUGUGUGUGUGUGUGUGUGUGUGUGUGUGUGUGUGUGUAUGUGUGUGUGCAUGUACGUGUGUGUGUGUGUGUGUGUGUGCAUGUACGUGUGUAUGUGUGUGUGAAUGUGUGUGUCUGUCUGUCUGUCUGUCUGUCUGUGUAAGAAACACAAGAAAAGAGGGAAGUAACAUUUGAGUAUGUUGAGAUGUUACAGUACAUACAGUAGAGUGAUGUAUAAUUUAGCAUUUUUGAAACAGAGGUACUAGUAUUUUCAUAUCCUUCACUGGGCACAGUUCCAGCAGGCGUUUGGUCAGUUACUUCCUGUUUUGUCCAAGCCCCAAAUAGCCCUCUUGUGGCGUCUACUGGUGCUAUUUUAGCUGCUGUAGGAGGACUUUCCCGAAUGGUAAAAACCUGUUGUGGGACAAUGAGUCGCUUGUUGUCAGAAAGAGCAACAGUGUUUUUAAACCAAUUAGGAUUUUUUUUUGUGUAAAGUUCGGGACCCAUACUGCACACAGUGCCCUAGUCUAAACGUGCAGCACAGCCAGUUAAUGCAUUGGACAAAAGCGUGCUAAAUUCCAUAACCAUAACCUUAACCAUAGCCAUAACCAUUUAAUUGGGCACUCUUGCUCAGAUGAAUGUGCUGGAGGUAUAUUACCUCCCGCCCCCCACACACACACACAGUUUGUUGAGCAGCCACACCUACAGUAUGUCAGAAGCAUACGAUCAUAGAUGUAUCUGUGAUCAUCAAAGGUGGCUUGGCGAAAACUCCAAAACUGAUAUUUCACUGCAAGCAAACCACACUCAUCCAAAGAGGCAACAGGGAAAUGACAUACCUGUCAUAAUUGCUAUAAUUAUAUGUGCCUAUCUAAAAAUGGAAAGAUUGUUAUUUAUUACUGAUGCCAAAAGCUCACAGUGUUGGGUUGUGUCAGAACAAAUGAUUGUAUUUAAGGCCUUAUAUCAUAAUCACAAGAAUAUGUGAGAUUCAUUAAGAACGCCUUGCUGUGCUGCUGUUUGUGUGCUAUCUGAUGUUGUACACAACCACGUCUCAAUAUCCAACUGCUGCGCGUGGCUUCUUCUCCAUCCAUGUGAAGAGACGAGCAAGUGUCGGCCCUCCAGCCGCGCCUGUAGCCGGACUAGGCCGCGGUCAGUCGUGCGGUCCUGGGGUUAUUCGAGGACUUGAAGCGUGGCGUGAGAGCAAUAGCCAUCUUCACAGAGCCGGGGACUAUCUGCAUUGUGAGGGGGGGCUACGUUUGGAAGCACCACCUCUGCCUCGGUGGCCUCGACACAGUCGCCCGCCGCGGUCACAUCUGUCGGUUCCCAUCGCUCCAAGUGAGAGGUCAGCGCAGAACAUUGACUUUGCUGAGGGGAGGGGAAAUUAUACCACGGGGGCGUGGUCUGAUGCCACAUGAGACACAUGCAAUCCAGUGUAGAAUUUUAUUGAAUAGCUCACCUUUUUCACGUUGUGAUUCUCCUGUGUCACCUAUCUAAUGUUGUCAUAUGUCAUAUGCAGGUCACAGGUUCUAGGCUAACUAUGUCUAAACAUGACCUGGAGGACUGCUGAAUUGUUCACAUGCAUGUUAUAGCCCACAUCAAAUCUAUGCCAAAACGUAGUAUUGGUGAUUUAUCUGGGACAGUUGUUGGGAAACUCCAGUAGGCUAUAGUCUACUAGUUCCACUUACAAUUUAUUUUGAAAUAUGUCCUUGAAUGAAUAGUGAUGAAUAGUUUACUGUUAAACUGUUAGCAUAGCACAAUGCCAAACCUGUUCCUGCACUUCUUUUCACAUCUUUUGCAAUCAAAGUGAAGCUUUUGUAAACUUGCCUACUUCUAGGGCUUAUCUGCUGUUAUAUUUCAUAUGUCUUUGGUACAGACAGAUAGGCCUACAUCGUCUUGUGUGAAAUUGUAAACCAUUAUCUCAGCAAAUGUUCAAGAAAUGCUUUGAUUAAACAUGAUUGAAUAUUGUAUACUAUUGAACUGAAUGCUUUAAUUGUGUGUUAAUAUGUUUG